GCUGAGAGAGGAGGGGCCUGUGGAGGAAGGCGGGGCCCACUGGAAUCAUGGGGCGGGGCUAGAAGAAAGCCGCAAUGCUGUGUAGCUUUUGAGGGAAGGUGAAGCAGGGACAAGGGGCGGGGUCUAAAGUGGGCAGGGUCUGGUCCCUGAGUCUUGCUUGGAUUUUGGAACUGAAGCGGUCCACUGAGAAGCUCCCGGGCAGCAGACUAACUUUGUACCCCCAGUGUGUGUGUGUGGCUGACCUGCCUCGUGCAGCUCAGGAGAAGAGAUUCACUAGACUGGGGUACCUCUUUUAGAGAAGGUGCGUACUGGCUGAGGUCUGCAACUAUGAAGGUCAAAGUCAUCCCGGUACUUGAAGACAACUACAUGUACCUGAUCAUUGAAGAGCAUACACGGGAGGCAGUGGCUGUGGACGUGUCUGUGCCCAAGAGGUUGCUGGAGAUUGCAGGCCGGGAGGGGGUGUCUCUGACCACGGUGCUGACCACCCAUCACCACUGGGACCACACACGUGGAAAUGCAGAGCUGGUGCACCUGCGGCCGGGACUGGCAGUCAUGGGAGCUGAUGAGCGCAUCUCCGCAAUAACUCGCAGACUGGCACAUGGGGAGGAGCUUCGGGUGAGCAUGUACCCAGAGGAGUGGGGAGGGUCCUGGCCUGGGCCUGCCCACCAGCCCUCACAGAUCCAAUGCCUCACAUCGCAGUUUGGGGCCAUCCACGUGCGAUGCCUCUUGACGCCGGGCCACACCACUGGCCACAUGAGCUACUUCCUGUGGGAGGAUGAAUGCCUGGACCCACCAGCCCUCUUCUCUGGGGAUGCUCUGACAGUGGCAGGCUGUGGCUGGCAUCUGGAGGACACUGCCCAGCAAAUGUACCAGAGCUUGGCCAAGAUCCUGGGUACCCUGCCACCUCAGACGAAGGUGUUCUGUGGUCAUGAGCAUACACUGAGCAAUCUUGAGUUUGCGCAGAAAGUGGAUCCCUGCAACAACCAUGUGCAAGCUAAGCUGUCCUGGGCCCAGAAGAGGGAUGAUGAUGAUGUACCUACUGUGCCUUCUACACUGGGCGAGGAGUUCUUGUACAACCCUUUCUUGAGGGUGACAGAGGAUGCGGUUCGUGAGUUCACAGGCCAGGUGGCACCUGCCCAGGCCCUGGAGGUACUCUGCAGGGAGCGAGCGCGCUUCCAGCUUGCUUUGGAGCCAUCGCAGCCCCAGGUCGGGGCACUCCUGGCCUUGCAGUGGGGGCUUCUGAGUACACCCCAGAAAAAAUGAGCCACGUGAGGAGCCUGCUUAUUUCUACAACCCUUCUCCUGACUGGAACUGACUUCAGUUCAGUUCCAGCCUGAACUUCAGGCUUACUGGAACCCUGGCCUCCAGAACAUUCUUCUGAGGCCCUGCCACCCUGCUUGGAAGAACCAGCAAAUGGUGCUCUCCUUGUCUCUGCUGCUCGUGGUGCCUCACAAGCAGAAUCUCCGAAGAAGCUCUUGUGGGUUCUGAGACAUACAUGUCCUGGGGACUGAGAAGGUCGAAUAA